CUCGGCCACACCAUCCUGUUUUGCACAAGACCUCAACAAUGGCUGGCAAAUUUAAGGUGAGUUAUCACAGUCUUAUUCUUAUAUACGGACAAUAGAGACUGAGUGUAAGGUGAAGUCGACAAGUGAACCGUGGCGUAUUUGCCCUUGUGCUUGGAGGGAAGAAAUGUCACAUAAUAAUGUCACCUAGUCUGGCUAAGGAGGUGCUCGCGGUGCAGGCCCCAGUGAACAAUCACGACAUGGUCGGCCAUUUCAUGCGCAAUGUUUGGGACGACAAAGGGGCCAUGGGUGACAUGGAUCAGACUAUCCUCUGGGGCAAAAUCCAUCGUGCAAUGUACCAGCUCAACCGGGAACCGUUUCUCUCGCAGGCCGGUAAGAUUAUGACUGAUAACAUCGAGAGAGCGGUAUUGAGUCUUGUUUCUAGUCGUGAAACAGGUAGCAAUUUGAAAUGGCAGGAAAGAGCUCAUGUUGUCGUUCACGGACCAAACGAGUACGAGGCUUCUUUUUUCCCGCUUAUUCGUCACUUUGUGGCAGACAUGGUUCUCCCGUCUCUGUUCGGAACAGACUUCAUAAAAAACUAUCCGGACAUUGCGACCGAUCUUUUUGCGUUUGACGCCAACUUUCAUUUGUUUCUCAUGGGUCUUCCUCCCUGGAUACCCUUGUCUGGAUUGAGAGAAAGUGCCGCUGCUCGGGACCGAGUGAAAAGUGCAAUGGAAGAUUUCCACAAUGCCCUAGUCGCAGCUAGUCGAGGAGAAAGGACUACCGAUGGUCGGUGGGAUAAUUUGGAUGACGUCAGUAGCGUCGUGAAAAACCGCGUCAAUCUUUGGGAGGAGGCUGUUAGCGAGCUCUCCAACAAAGAAGCAUGUAUCGCCUCUCACGCCUUCCUAUUAUGGGUGACAUUGAUAAACGCAAAUGUAAUUGUGUUCUGGCUGCUGUUCCAUGUCUACCAAGACUCGUCUCUACUAGCAGCUAUUCGCGAAGAAGUGUCACCCUUUGUUCAUAUCCGGGAAUCUCCAGGCUCCCCUGAACGGUCCACGAUCACGCUCGAUUCGCCGGAAAUACGGGCACAAACACCACUUUUGCAGUCAGCCUUUUUAGAAACAAUGAGGCUCUAUACUCAGAGCAACAGUUUCAAAAAUGUACAAGCUGAUUUCGUAGUCAGUGAAUCUGAGAUCGACCAAAAUAUCCGUGAACCUAACUCCUUCGUACCCAAGGGGGGAUCGAAAGUCCCGGUAUCACAGUCGCAGAGGACGUAUCAACUCCAACAAGGGGACAUGAUAUGCGUGCCAUUUGGUCUCCAUCAAAGUGACUCUAGGUACUGGAAUCAUCCUGAGAACUUCGACGGUCGACGAUUUAUUAUCCAACAGCAGGACUCCGCAAGAAGGACAAGUUUGUCAAAUGGCAGGGUUUCAGUGGAUUCCACACGAAUCAGCCCUUGGGGCUCAGGCGCAUCCAUAUGCAAGGGCCAGAAACUUUCAUAUCGUGAAGUGCUCGAAAUUGCAGGAGCUAUCCUGCUUUGCUGGGAUAUAGAGCCAGCUGGCGCGGCGGGGUGGUCCCAUCCAGGACUCGCUAAAGCUGGAGGUACAGCAAUUCCAAAGAGAGAUUUUAGAAUUAGAUUACUUCGAAGAGUACCUUAGCAACCAAUCUAC